GUUGUCAGGCAGCAGAGGCGGAAGAGCCACCCGAGGAGACCACGGUGGAGGUGCGCCUGAGCCAUGCCAGCCCUCGCGGCCUGAGUCCCUCCACCCAACCGCAAGCAUGAAGGACAGCGGGGAUUCCAAGGACCAGCAACUCAUGGUGGCACUCCGGGUCCGGCCCAUCAGCGUGGCAGAGCUGGAAGAGGGAGCCACCCUCAUUGCCCACAAGGUGGAUGAGCAAAUGGUGGUCCUCAUGGACCCAAUGGAGGACCCUGACGACAUCCUUCGUGCACGUCGCUCCCGGGAGAAGUCUUACCUGUUUGAUGUGGCCUUUGACUUCACUGCCACCCAGGAGACGGUGUAUCAGGCUACCACCAAGAGCCUCAUCGAAGGUGUCGUCUCAGGCUACAAUGCCACCGUGUUUGCCUACGGCCCAACAGGCUGCGGGAAGACCUACACCAUGCUGGGCACUGACCACGAGCCAGGGAUCUAUGUCCGAACCCUCAAUGACCUCUUCCGAGCCAUCGAGGAGACCAGCAACGACAUGGAAUAUGAGGUGUCCAUGUCUUACCUGGAGAUCUACAAUGAGAUGAUCAGGGACUUGCUGAACCCGGCCCUGGGGUACCUGGAGCUGCGAGAGGACUCCAAAGGGGUGAUCCAGGUGGCCGGGAUCACUGAGGUCUCUACCAUCAAUGCCAAGGAGAUCAUGCAGCUGUUGAUGAAGGGGAACCGGCAGAGGACCCAGGAGCCCACGGCUGCCAACCAGACGUCCUCCCGUUCUCAUGCCGUGCUCCAGGUAUCCGUGCGCCAGCGCAGCCGGGUCAAGAACAUCCUGCAGGAGGUGCGGCACGGCCGGCUGUUCAUGAUUGACCUGGCCGGCUCUGAGCGUGCUUCCCAGACACAGAACCGUGGGCAACGCAUGAAGGAGGGGGCCCACAUCAACCGCUCCCUCUUGGCCCUGGGCAACUGCAUCAACGCGCUGAGUGACAAGGGCACCAACAAGUACAUCAACUACCGUGACAGCAAGCUCACCCGGCUCCUAAAGGACUCUCUGGGAGGGAACAGUCGCACUGUGAUGAUUGCCCACAUCAGUCCAGCAAGCACCGCCUUUGAGGAGUCCAGGAACACCCUGACCUAUGCUGGCCGAGCUAAGAACAUUAGGACCCGGGUAAAGCAGAACCUGUUCAACGUCUCCUACCACAUCGCCCAGUACACCAGCAUCAUCGCAGACCUGCGUGGCGAGAUUCAGAGACUCAAAUGCAAGAUAGACCAGCAGGCAGGGCAGAGCCAGGCCCGGGCUCGACUGGACAGAGGUGACAUCCGUCACAUCCAAGCUGAAGUGCAACUGCACAGCGGGCAGGGAGAGCAGGCUGAGAUGGGGCAGCUGCGUGAGCAGUUGAUGGGCGCCUUCCACGAGCAGAUGGACGUGCGGAGGCGCCUGCUGGAGCUGGAGCACCAAGCUAUGGAGGUGCAGAUCGACACCUCCCGCCACCUGCUCACCAUCGCUGGCUGGGAGCAUGAGAAGUCACGGAGGGCCCUCAAAUGGCGGGAGGAGCGCAGGAAGGAAUCUUUCAUCAAGGAUGACAGCGAGAAGGAUUCUGACACCGGAGAUGAGCCUGACGCCCUGGAACCGCCAGAGGUGGCCUCGGCACGGGAGAACAUCGCCGCCCUGGUGGGCGAACAGAAGAAACUGAGCAAGCAGAAGCUGGCGCUGGAGCAGCGCUGCCGGGAGCUGCGCGCGCGGGGCCGGCGCCUGGAGGAGACGCUGCCGCGGCGCAUCGGCUCCGAGGAGCAGCGCGAGGUGCUGAGCCUGCUGUGCCGCGUGCACGAGCUCGCGGCCGAGAACACCGAGAUGCAGUCGCACGCCCUGCUCCGCGACAGCGCGCUGCGCCACCGCCGCGAGGCCCUGCGCCGCCUGGAGCAGCACCGCAGCCUCUGCGACGAGAUCAUCCAGGGCCAGAGGCAGAUCAUCGACGACUGCAACCUGGAAGUCCCCCGGCACCUGGAGGAACUCUACGAAGUGUACCUGCGGGAGCUGGAGGAGGGCAACCUCGAGCGGGCCACCAUCAUGGACCGCGUGGCCUCCAGGGCCCUGCAGGACAGCUCCUUGCCCAAAAUCACCCCAGCAGGAGUCACACUGACCCCAGACUCUGACCUGGAGAGUAUGAAGACCCUGGGCACCGAAGCCCAGCGUCCACACAACAGCAACCUGCCGCCCCUUGGCACGGAGAGUGAGGCCCACCGUGUGUUCAAGGCCAGUCCCCGGGCUUGGCAGGUGAAGAGCUCCUCUGUGCCCACACCCCCUCCCAUCCAGGUGGGCAGUCUAGUGGCCCAGGAGGUCUUGCCCCAGGACAGCCUGAGCAGCCGGGUCAACUCCUCCCCCGAGAGCAGUGAGAAUCUGUCGGAGAUUCCUGUGUCCCACAAAGAGAAGAAAGAGAUCUUGACCCGCAUCAAGUACAUCUCAGCGAAGGCUGCCCAGAGGCGCUCGCAGGCCUUGGGCAUGGAGGGCUGCCACCUGCUGGCACCUGCCACAGAGCGCAGCAGCCUGUCACUACACUCGCUGAGUGAGGCUGAAGACUCUCGGCCAUCUGGCCCGCUGGCCUGCAAGCGGCCACCCAGCCCUACCCUGCAGCACGCUGCCAGCGAGGACAACCUGUCCAGCAGCACUGGCGAGGCCCCUUCCCGGGCAGCUGGACCUUCAGGUGACAGCUCUGGGCCCUGGGUCCGUGGCCAGAAGAAAAGCCCAGGCAAAAAACGGGAGGAGUCAACGGAAGCGAAAAGGAGGAAGCGGAGGUCUCGAUCCUUUGAAGUCAUGGGACAAGGGCUAGCUCGUUCCAAGACACAUCUCCUGGGGCCCCGUCCCUUAGAAAACAUUUCGGACCACAAGAUGCCACUGUGCAGACACCCGGCUUCUGGGGUCAAACAGGGAAAAGUCAUGCUGCCUCUGGCCAAAGUCAAACUCCCUCCAAACCAGAACACAGGCCCUGGGGAUCCCUCACCCCUUCCUGUUUCCAAUCCAGUUGGUGUUUCCAGACGAGCUACUCGCCCGCCCAGCCUACCCCAUGGCUCAAGCACCCUUGGCAAAGAUGGGCGUUUCCGGCAUAACUGACUAGCUCUGUCCAGCGACGGCUACUCUUGUCCUCCCCCACCCAGGACUGAAUGCAGGGAGGGGCAGUGGGGAAUAGGAGGCAGAAGCUGAGCAGAGGGGCGCCCAAUGGGACCAGGAGCUCAGUAGGUUGAGCUCUGCUCCCAAGACCGGAGAAGUGUAAGGGUGUCUGUUCAGCCCCUCCGUGAUUUCAGUGCCAUGGAAAAGGGUGGUGAGCCCUGGUGGCACAGCCUCCCAGCUCUGGACAGACCACUGUGGCCAAAACCCUUCACAGACCCAGACCCGGGGCCAGUGUCAUCCUUAGCAGUGAAGGAGAGGAGCUAUUAGUGAGACGGGACUCCUGGGGCCACCCCAGGGACAAGGGCAUCCUGGGUGGGUGGGGAAGGGACUGCCGGGGACUUCACAUAGGAUGGGUGGGUGUGGUGAAGGGGGUCUGGUUUUGUUACUUGCCUGUGACUUUUUCACCUUUCUUUUUAACAAUAAAGUCCCGUUGGGUUUUUUUUGA